AUGGCCCGGAAGCUCGUAGACGUGUGGAUUUCGGAAGGGUUCAUCCCCGAAGAAGCAGGGAAAACAAUGGAGGAGACGGCCAUGGCUUAUCUGGAUGAGCUGAUUGAUCGAAACAUGGUUCAAAUCAAGGACAUAUCCUUCGACGAUCGUGUUAAAAACUGCAUCAUGCACGAUCUCGUCCGAGACCUAUCCACCAGAAAAGCAGAGGAGGAGAUCCUGCACGAAGAUGGAGAAUCUUCGCACAAGCCCCGCCAUCGCGUCCUCGACUGCAGAGAGGGAAGGUUCAACGAUUCCAUUUAUGGAAACAAAGAGGCCCGGUCCCUCGUGGUCCGGCGUGGGGCCCAGCCCUACCUCUUCACACCAUCAUUCUCAUCUUACUGGAUGAGCUUCCAGCUCCUCAAGCUGCUCGACUUCGAAUGCUGCAUGGCAAUGACACAGCUACCAGUUUCAAUAGGUGCAUUGAUGGGAUUGAAGUAUCUGAAUCUGAGAAACACAGGCAUGAAGCAUAUCCCAAACUGGCUGCCUAGGCUCAUUAACCUCGAGGUUCUUGACAUACGGGGACUCGUGUGCAUCGAGUUGUCGGAUAUUCUAGUAAAAAUGAUCCGUCUGCGCCGCCUCUACGCGUCUGCAUUCUAUUUCGAGAAGCCACCGGAGAUCACUAGUCUGAAAUUUCUCGAGACGCUGAGCUACGUCAAUUUCGAGGAUUCAAACAUCCACAAAGUUACACACAUCACCAGUCUCUCCGAGCUGGGCGUAAACGUACUUCGAAUCUCAGAUUCGACUUGUUUUUUCCUGUUAUUGGGGAAGAUGGAGAAUCUUGUGCAUCUCAAGUUGAAGUUCUGUGAAACCCUAAAUUUGGAAAAGCUCGGAUCCUUACAUCGCCUCACGCGGCUCAAGCUUAACGGGGAGAUAACCGUUUUCCCCUCCGCUUUCCCUCCGAAUCUCUCACAUCUCACUUUGGAUCGGUGUCAACUCAAAGAAGAUCCCAUGCCGUUGCUGCAGAGGCUGCCGAAGCUGUCGCACCUCAAGGUGGACAGCGCGUAUGAGGGCACGGAGAUGGUGAUCUCACACGACGGAUUUCCCGAGCUCAAAGUCCUGAUUUUGGUUUAUUUGAUUAGGCUAAAGAGUAUACUAGUGGAGGAAGGUGCAAUGCCGGAGCUGGGCAUUGGAGAGGCUGCCGGAAGAGAUGACGAGGAAUCUUGA